AUGGACAGCACACCCGGAGAAAAUUUUACCUACUUCUUUUUCUUUUUUCUUCAUUUUCUUUCUUUUCUAUUUUCUCUUUUUGAGGUACAUUAUUUAGUUUUAUUUUAUCUCUUUCUUCCGGUCUUUUGCCUCUUCUAUGCGUUUAUUCAUCUUUUCUUUCUUUCUCUCUCUCUCUCUCUCUCUCUCUCUCUCUCUCUCUCUCUCUCUCUACCUUUUUUAUUUUUACGUUUCUUUUUUUUGUUUUUCUUUCUUGAUCUCUCCACUUAUUCUAUUUUUUUGUGUGUCACUUUCCGUUCUCUCAUUUUUUUAAAAAUUUCGACAGUUUUAAAAUAUCGGUUCCCAAUUGCUGCCUCUCGCUUUCUCUCUUUCUCUCUCUCUCUCUUUCUCUCUCUCUCUCUUUCUCUCUCUCUCCUCUCUCUCUCUCCUCCCUCUCUCUCUCUCUCUUGCUUUCUUUCUUCUUUCUUCUCUCAUUAUUGUUUCACCAAUUUAAACACUUUUUUCCUCUGUUUCACUUUACACCCUUAUUUUUCUUUGGGUUUCUUUCUACAUUUUAAUUUUUCUCUUAUUCUCUUUUCCUCCUCCGUCUAUCUCUUACUCUAA